UCCGUAUACUCGUAGAAUGCAACGCACACGGUAGCAUUAUAUCUACCUAUAAGUCGUUGCAAAGCUUUUAAGUAAUUAAUAUCGUCGUCCGGUCCGGUACAAUUCGCUAUGUACUUACUGCAAAUGAUAUUAGAACACGCAAAGGCCACACCCGCCUAUUUGGAAAUAUCAACAGCUGAAAACAGUUGGAAUCCGCUCAGAAAUGGGAAACAAAGUUACCGUAUUUAGCGAAGCUCAAAUCGAAGAUUAUCAAGAUUGUACGUUUUUCACUAGGAAAGAAAUUUUAAGGGUAUUCAAGAAGUUCAGAGAAACAUGUCCAGAUCUAGUUCCACAAUGUAUGCCUGGAAAUGAAGCUGCAACAGUUAAAGUGCCAUUAGAAUACAUGGAGAAGUUACCAGAAUUAAAAGAAAACCCAUUUCGUAAAAGAAUCUGCGAAGUAUUUUCUCGCGAUGGAAAAGGAAAUCUAACAUUCGAAGACUUCCUAGACCUAUUAUCAGUCUUCAGCGAACAAGCUCCGAGAGAAAUCAAAGUAUUCUACGCGUUUAAAAUAUACGAUUUCGACGGCGAUCGUUACAUAGGCUUAUCGGAUCUAGAACAAGCAGCUCACUUAUUAACACGAAAUGAACUGAGUUCCGAAGAAAUCACUCAAAUAGCCGAAAAAGUAAUCGAAGAAGCUGACGUCGACGGUGAUGGGAAACUUUCGUACAUGGAAUUCGAACACGUUAUCUUGAGGGCUCCUGAUUUCUUGGCUACAUUUCAUAUUCGAAUUUGACUGCAGUUUUUGCUCUGUUUGAAAAACAAUUACGGUUCUACGACGAACGACGACGAUAGCUGCGUAACCUGGAAGGAAAAUUUCAACUUCAACCUUCUUCGUUCGAAUUACCUACGAGAGCAAUAUAAAUGAAUAUUUUCUUACGGUUAAAAGUGGCUAAAAUAAACGAAAUUCUCCACCAA